CAGCCGCCUAGUUCCCGGGAGUGGCGGCGGCUGGGCUGAGGCGCAGCGCUUCCUCCGCGUUCGCUUCUCUGCCGAAGCGCUGAGCCGCCGUGUCCCGCAGCCGACGGGCUCCGUCCCACUCCCGCCGCCGAGGUCCGCGGCCGCCGAUCCCUUCUUCCCUGUGAGAAUGUAAGAUGGACCCAGAGGAGCAGGAGCUACUGAACGACUACAGAUACAGGAGUUACUCAUCAGUUAUCGAGAAGGCUUUAAGAAACUUCGAGUCCUCCAGCGAAUGGGCGGAUCUCAUAUCCUCGCUUGGCAAGCUCAACAAGGCUCUCCAGAGCAACCUGAAGUAUUCCCUGCUGCCACGGCGGCUCAUCAUCAGCAAGAGGCUAGCUCAGUGCCUGCAUCCUGCCCUGCCCAGCGGUGUUCACCUCAAAGCCCUAGAAACCUACGAGAUCAUCUUUAAGAUCGUGGGAACCAAAUGGCUGGCCAAGGACUUGUUCUUGUACAGCUGUGGCCUGUUUCCGCUCCUGGCCUAUGCUGCCAUGUCGGUCCGGCCCGUGCUGCUUGGCCUGUAUGAGAAGUACUUCCUUCCGCUGCAGAAGCUGCUCCUGCCCAGUCUUCAGGCCUUCCUUGUGGGCCUGCUGCCGGGCCUGGAAGAAGGCUCUGAGAUCUAUGAAAGAACCGAUGCCCUGCUCCUGAGACUGUCUGUGGUUGUGGGCCGGGAGGUGUUCUAUGCAGCCCUGUGGGGGAGCGUUCUGACAAGCCCUUCCAUCCGCCUCCCUGCCUCCUUGUUUGUGGUAAACCACAUCAGCAGGGACUCACCAGGCAAGGAGCAGAAGUACAUGCUGGGUACUGAUUACCAGCUCACGGUGAGGUCCCUGUGUGCUUCACUACUGGACGCCAAUGUUCUUGUGCAAAGAAAUAAUCUGGAAAUCAUUCUGUUUUUCUUCCCAUUUUAUACCUGUCUGGACCCUGAUGAGCGAGCCAUCCCUCUCCUCAGACGGGACAUUGUACACAUUCUCUCAGCGGCCACCCAGACACUCCUGAGAAGGGACAUGUCUCUCAACAGAAGACUCUACGCCUGGUUACUAGGUUCUGACAUUAAAGGAAAUACCAUUGUGCCAAAAUCUGAAAUUUCAAAUUCUUAUGAAGACCAGUGCUCAUACUUUUUUGAUAAAUACUCCAAGGAUCUUUUAGUUGAGGCUUUGGCUGAGAUACUGCACCAGAAGUUCUUGGAUGCUGACUUAGAGGAACGCCACCAUGCCUAUCUGAAGCCUUUCCGAAUCCUUGUCAGUCUACUGGACAAGCCGGAAAUAGGACCUCAAGUGGUUGAGAAUCUAUUUCUGGAAGUCAUCAGGGCCUUUUAUUCCUAUUGCCACGAUGUCCUCGGCGCUGACCUUAAGCUUAGCUACACUCAGAGUGGGAAUCCGCUAACAAGCACAAUCAAAGAAAACAGACACGCCUCCGAGAUUGUAAAGACGGUCAACUUGCUGGUCUCGUCCCUCAGCUCGGACUUCCUGUGGGAUUACAUGGCACGGUGUUUCGAGGAGUGCUUCAGCAGACCUGUGACGCAGACCACGGCUACUGGAGAAGCCAUCAGCCCUCCCCCCACCGUGUCGGAGCUCUGCACCCUCCUCGUGUUCCUCCUGGACGUGAUUCCCUUGGAACUCUACUCAGAGGUGCAGACCCAGUACCUCCCACAGGUGCUUGGCUGCCUGCUGCAGCCUCUCGCUGAGGAGAUGGAGGCCCUGAGCUUACCUGAGCUCACACAUGCCUUGAAGACGUGUUUCAAGGUGCUUAGCAAAGUCCAGAUGCCUCCCUCCUACCUAGACAUGGAGCCCUCCAGCGGGAACUCGAGUCCAGUAAAAGGAGGAAACAGUGGCAUUGUUUUGGAAACGGAGGCCGUGGUUGCAGGUGAUGAAGAGCCUUCCUUUCCCCCACUGAAAUCUGAAGACAGUGGGAUCGGGCUCAGUGCCUCAUCGCCAGAGCUCUCUGAGCACCUCAGGGUGCCCCGGGUGUCUGCGGAAAGAGACGACAUCUGGAAGAAGGGCGGGACUAUGCAGGCAACGUUUCUUUGCAUCCAGGAGCUCAUUGCAAACUUUGCCAGCAAGAACAUCUUUGCAGCAUCACUGGCUGUGUCUGGGGAAGAAACCAAGCCUGCAGAGCCUCCAGGGAAGAGCAGCAAGGGCCAGACACAGAGCACUGAGCCCUCCGUCAGGAAGAGCUCGUGGGAUCCCAAGCCCAUCACUGUGCCCCAGUUUAAACAGAUGCUGUCGGACUUGUUCACGGUUCGAGGGUCUCCCUUUAAGACAAGAAGCUCAGAGUCACUGUCUGUGCCCAGCAGCCCACACAGGAAGGCAGCAACAGAAUGGGGUGUUGACCAGGUGGCCAUUGAGUUGGUGGGCUCCAAGGAGGACUGCAGGGAGGCCCUGGCUGCCGCCUGCCACCUGCUGCUGGACUGUGCCACCUUCCCCGUGUAUCUGUCUGAGGAGGAGACUGAGCAGCUGUGUGAGGUGCUCUUCCAGACUCCAGGAGCCAGCGAUUGCAGUUUUCCACUGUGGCUGAAAUCCCUCAUGACAAUUUGCUGCUGUGUGAAGGACUGCUCCCUCCAGAACAUAGCCAUCGCUACCCUGCUGGAAGUAAUAAACCACUCCCAGUCCCUCGCUCUUGUCAUUGACGACAAGAUGAAGCGCUACAAAACCUCUGGGAACAACCCAUUUUUUGGCAAGUUACAAAUGGUGACAGUCCCUCCCAUUGCUCCUGGGAUACUGAAAGUCAUUGCCGAGAAAACAGACUUCUACCAGAGGGUGGCCCGUGUGCUCUGGAGCCAGCUGAACAAGGAGACCCGGGAGCAUCACAUCACCUGUGUAGAGCUGUUCUACCGCCUGCACUGCCUGGCUCCGACCGCCAACAUCUGUGAGGACAUCAUCUGCCACGCGCUCCUGGACCCCGACAAGGGAACAAGACUGGAAGCUCUGUUUAGGUUUUCUGUGAUCUGGCACCUGACACGAGAAAUCCAGGGUAGUCGUGUGACGUCCCACAACCGCUCUUUUGACAGGUCCUUGUUUGUCGUCCUGGAUAGCCUGGCUUGCACAGACGGUGCUAUCAGUGCAGCAGCCCAGGGCUGGCUGGUGCGAGCACUCUCCCUCGGGGAUGUGGCACGCAUCCUCGAACCCAUGCUCCUGCUGCUGCUCCAGCCCAAAACCCAGAGGACCUCCAUCCAGUGCCUCAAGCAGGAGAACUCAGCAGAGGACUUACACCGUUGGUUUAACAGGAAGAAGCCCGCAUUCAAAGAGCCAUGUGGUGACUCCGAGCUGCAGGAAGGCACCCCUGAGGGACGCCUGCCUCAAGGCCAGUUCACCACCGUGGAUCGAGAAGCCAUCUGGGCAGAAGUAGAGAAGGAGCCAGAGAAAUGCCCACCAAGAAGUGAUCUGAGCGAGGAAGACCUGCCCUACUACGUGGACCUUCCAGACAGGAUGACCUCUGGUGGCGGGGACAGCAGUGAGCACACGGAGUCUGCAGACACGAGCUCUGUCCACAUGGACAGUGAGAACACAUCCACGUUCUCAUCUCCCUCCCAUGACCUGCAGGACCUGAGCCACGAGGAGAAUUGCUGUGCCCCUCUCCCCAUCGGGGGCAGGGCGCACCCCAAGCGAGCAGCCUUGCUGGCCGCCCUACAGCCAGACAGCCCCGGGUCCAACGCCAGGUUAAGCCUAGUGCGAGCAGACUCGGACAGGACGCAGGCUUCCGAGUCACUUUCCAGCGAUGAGGAGGCUGACGUGGAGCUCCAGGCCAUCACUACGUCCAGGUUGCUGAGGCAGCAGAGGGAGAAGCAGGAGACAGUGGAGGCCCUGUUCAAGCACAUCCUGCUCUACCUGCAGCCCUACGACUCCCAGAGGGUCCUGUACGCCUUCUCCGUGCUGGAGGCCGUGCUGAAGACCAACCCCAAGGAGUUCAUUGAGGCUGUGUCCAGGACGGGCAUAGACACCAGCUCCACUGCGCAUCUCAACCUCAUCUCCAACCUCCUCGCACGCCACCAGGAGGCCCUCAUUGGCCAGAGCUUUUAUGGCAAGCUACAGACCCAGGCCCCCAACGUCUGCCCCCACUCCCUGCUCAUCGAGCUCCUUACCUACCUCUGCCUGAGCUUCCUCCGGUCCUACUACCCCUGCUACCUGAAGGUCUGUCACAGGGACAUCCUUGGCAACCGGGACGUGCAGGUCAAGAGUGUGGAGGUUCUCAUUAGAAUAACAACCCAGCUGGUCUCCAUGGCCAAGUCCUCGGAAGGGAAGAAUGUGGAGUUCAUCCACAGCCUGCUGCAGAGGUGCAAGGUCCAGGAGUUUGUCCUGCUCUCGCUGUCCGCAUCCAUGUACACCAGCCAGAAGCGCUACGGCCUGGCGACCGCUGCCCGUGGGGGCAGAGGCCUCAUGGAGGACAGCCUCUUUGAGGAGAGCCUCAUCAACCUGGGGCAGGACCAGAUCUGGAGUGAGCACCCACUGCAGAUUGAGCUGCUCAAGCUACUGCAGGCCCUCAUUGUCCUGGAGCACCACCUGGGCCAGGGUCAGGAGGCGGCCGAGAGCCAGCCGGCCCUGUCCCGAGAGUGGCAGAGGGCGUUGAACUUCCAGCAGGCCAUCGGGGCCAUGCAGUACGUGCAGCCCCACCCUCUCACCUCCCAGGGCCUUCUGGUCUCAGCUGUGGUGAGAGGGCUGCAGCCCGCCUAUGGCUACGGCAUGCACCCCGCCUGGGUGAGCCUCGUCACCCAUUCCUUGCCAUACUUUGGAAAGUCUCUGGGCUGGACAGUGACACCCUUUGUUAUCCAGAUUUGCAAAAAUUUGGACGACCUGGUCAAGCAGUAUGAAAGCGAAUCUGUCAAGUCCACUGUCAGCACAACCUCAAAGAAGGAAAACAUUUCUCCAGAUUACCCGCUCACUCUUCUGGAAGGUCUUACGACCAUUAGCCAUUUUUGUCUUUUGGAACAGCCUACCCAAAAUAAAAAGACUGCUGCCGUAAGCGAUCCGAUCAACUUGAGAAAUGCCAAGAACGCCAUUUUGGAAGAGCUGCCUCGAAUAGUGAACACCAUGGCCCUCAUCUGGAAUGUCCUUAGAAAGGAGGACUCGCAGAAGAGACCGGUGGAUCUCCUGGGAGCUACAAAAGGGUCCUCCUCCGUUUACUUCAAAACCACAAAGACCAUAAGACAAAAAAUUUUAGACUUGCUGAACCCCUUGACGGGCCACCUCGGGGUUCAGCUGAUAGCCGCGGUUGCUACAGUGUGGAGCAGAAAGCAGGCGCGGUGCCACAGCAAGACCAAGAUGGUCCCAGCAGCAAGCGCGUCCCAGCACACCCUUGUCGACCUGGUCUGUGCCCUCAGCACCCUGCAGACAGACUCGGUGCUGCAGCUGGUGAAGGAGGUAGUGAAGAGGCCAGCGCAGAUCAAAGGGGACGAGAAGUCUCCCCUGGUGGACAUUCCUGUGUUGCAGUUCUGCUAUGCUUUCAUUCAAAGGCUGUCCAUACCGGGCCUGCAGGAGGCCUUCCCUUCCCUCCUGGGGGUCCUGAAGGAGGCCGUGCAGCUGAACCUGGCUCCCCCUGGAUACUUUCUGCUUCUCAGCAUGCUGAAUGACUUUGUGACAAGAACACCCAACCUGGAAAGCAAGAAGGACCAAAAAGACCUACAGGAAAUCACUCAGAGGAUCCUGGAAGCUGUGGGUACCAUUGCCGGCUCCUCCUUGGAACAAACAAGCUGGCUCAGCAGAAAUCUGGAGGUGAAAGCCCAGCCUCAGGUCUCUCUGGAAGAGUCAGAUGCCGACGAGGAUGCGCUCGCAGAUGCUGCUGCGGCCUCCACCAUGGUCUCCUCGUCUGCCCCCUCCAUUUACAGUGUGCAGGCGCUCUCUCUCUUGGCAGAGGUUCUGGCUUCUCUCCUGGACAUGGUUUAUCGCAGCGACGAGAAAGAGAAGGCGGUGCCGCUGAUCUCCCGCUUGCUGUACUACGUGUUUCCCUACCUGCGCAAUCAUAGUGCAUACAAUGCCCCCAGCUUCCGAGCCGGUGCCCUCCUGCUGAGCUCCCUGAGUGGCUAUGCCUAUACCAAGCGGGCCUGGAAGAAAGAAGUGCUGGAGCUGUUCUUGGACCCCGCUUUCUUUCAGAUGGAUACUUCUUGUGUUCACUGGAAGUCCGUCAUUGACCAUCUUCUGACCCACGAGAAAACAAUGUUUAAGGAUUUAAUGAACAUGCAGAGCAGUUCCUUAAAACUCUUCUCCAGCUUCGAGCAGAAGGCCAUGCUGCUGAAGCGCCAGGCUUUCGCUGUCUUCAGUGGCGAGCUUGACCAGUACCACCUCUACCUUCCCCUGAUACAAGAGCGCCUGACAGACAACCUCAGAGUCGGACAGACGUCCAUAGUUGCUGGUCAGAUGUUUCUUUUUUUCAGAGUUCUGCUGCUCAGAAUCUCUCCCCAGCACCUGACCUCGCUGUGGCCCAUCAUGGUCUCUGAGCUGAUCCAGACAUUCAUACAACUUGAGGAAGAUCUGAAAGAGGAAGAUGAGUCAAGAAACAGCAACAAAAUAAACAGAAUAAAAGUCCCAGUUGCUGAUGGAAACGGGCCGUCAGGCAGGGCCGUGUCCCCCAGUGAUCUCAUCAUGUACCUCUCUGCUUGCAAGUUCCUGGACACUGCGCUUUCCUUCCCGCCCGACAAGAUGCCCUUGUUUCAGAUUUACAGAUGGGCAUUCGUUCCAGAAGUGGACACUGAGCACCCGGCCUUCCUGUCAGAGCUGGAAGAGAAUCACCAAGAAUGCAGACCUCACACUGUCAGGAUUCUAGAACUUCUGAGGUUAAAAUAUGGGGAAAUCAGCAGCUCCGACGAGAUCACCAGGAAGAAGGAGUUUCCUCUUCUGCGCCAGCCCUCAGUUUCCUGCAUCAGGCAGUUGAUGCCGUUCUUCACCACAUUAAACUGUGCAUUCAAAACCCAAAGCCAGCUGCCUGCUGACGUGCCGGGCCCCGCAGCACCGGAGCCCCCUGUCGCCGAGAACCCGGGGGUCCUGCGGCAGCUGGAGGAGUGCGUGGAGCAGGACUUCCUGGAGCACCCAGAGUAAGAGUGUCCAGGAGGGCUUCCUCUUCCUCCCCCUCCCUGACCAGGAAGCGGUGUUCUGUAAAGAAGGGGGCUGGAGGUGCGAAUCAACCCUGCCCCAGUCCUGGAGCACCAUUCAGGUAUUUUCUGUUCAGCAGCCUCCCAUAAAUGCCUUGUAAUAUAUUUCAGCCCCUGUUUGUAUUUCUUCCUCAGUUUAUGUAAUGAAAAUAAAAUUAAUAUAUCAUCGAACCACA